ACUUACAAAAUAAAAGCACAUGACGUGGCAUUUUGCUAGGAACUUCCUCUCGAAAUUCUUGCCGAUUAGUUUCGAUUCGAAGAUAGCUAUUUGGAGCGACAAACUCGAGGAUACUCGUAUGACGGAGAAUGCAGGGAAAGCUGCAGCUCGCUUUCAUCACCUCCUUUGCCGUUCUCUUGAGAUGCUGCAUCAUUUACCAUUCUCACAGCGGAGAAGGCAAACCCCCUAUGUACGGAGAUUACGAGGCCCAACGACACUGGCAGGAGAUCACGUUGAAUCUGCCUCUUGACAAGUGGUAUAUUAAUACCACAGACAAUGAUCUGCAAUACUGGGGUUUAGAUUAUCCACCUUUAACGGCAUACCACAGUCUCCUGUUAGGCCACGUUGCGAACAGGAUAGAUCCUUCCUUCGUGAAGCUGCGAGAAUCCAGAGGAUUCGAGAACGCUGCGCACAAGUACUUCAUGAGACUGACCGAAGUAGUGGAUCAAUCCGACGGUUGCGGCGCGAAAUUUUCAGUAUUUGUCGUUUCUGACUUGUUCCAAGGGAAGCCGUUGCUGGUACGUCACAGGCUUGUGUAUGGAGUUUUAGAAGAAGAACUGAAAACAAUUCAUGCCAUUUCGCUAACAACAUUAACACCAGAACAAUGGGAAAAAACGAAAAGCUGACUGUCGAAU